AACCCAAAUUAAUGUAGUUUUCACACAAUCUUCUCCCCCACGAGACCCUUACACACCCCCCAUCUUCCAGGUCUGGGAACCGACGAGAGAACCCCAGCACGGGAAUCCCCUAGGGCCACCGAAACAUGUCCUUCACGGGCGUGGGCUCCUUCGGGAAUUAUGAUCGCACAGCCCAAACCACCGGUAUCCCCGAUGUAACCAGCCAGGGCGGCAAUCGAGAUCACGACAUGGAGCACUCCAAUCCGAGGGACGAGCCGGCCGACGGCCUUGACGCCUCGUCCUCGAACCACGAGUCGCGUGAUGCGACCCGAACCCGCGCGACCUCCAUCACCGAGGUCGGCACCCCGAGUCGCGAGAAGGACGCGAUGCCCGGCGCCGGGAAGAACGACGUUUUCGGCGAAGACGACGGCUCCGACACGGAACAGGAGCGUCGCAACAGCAUGGUCCAGGCCCUCGCCCGGAGAUACACAACCCAGUCGCAUGUCUCGGGCGUGGGCGCCGGCGCGAACCCCUUCCUCAUGUCUAGCGACGAGGACUCGCCGCUGAACCCCAACAGCCCAAAGUUCCGCGCGCGCGCCUGGGCAAAGGCCGUCGUCGACAUGACCGCGUCCGAGGGCCACAAGAUGCGCACCAGCGGCGUCGCGUUCCAGAACCUCAACGUCUUCGGCUUCGGCUCCACCACCGACUACCAGAAGGACUUCAUCAAUAUCUGGCUGGAGGUCGCUGGGCUCGCGCGCAAGGUCCUCGGCCACGGACAACGCCGCAUCGACAUCCUGCGCAACUUCGACGGCGUCGUGAAGAAUGGCGAGAUGCUCGUCGUCCUGGGGCCUCCGGGCUCGGGAUGCACCACCUUCCUCAAGACAAUUGCUGGAGACUACAAUGGAAUCUUCAUGGACGAUAAGUCGUACUUCAAUUAUCAAGGAUUGUCGGCCAAGGAGAUGCACACGCAUCAUCGUGGAGAGGCCAUUUACACGGCCGAGGUCGACGUGCACUUCCCGCAGUUGACUGUCGGCGACACGCUGACCUUCGCUGCUCGGGCGCGUGCUCCCCGCCAAGUGCCUGGAGGCAUCUCUCGAAAUGCCUUCUCCAACCACCUCAGGGAUGUUGUCAUGGCCAUGUUCGGCAUCAGCCACACCAUCAAUACCCGUGUCGGCAACGAGUACGUCCGUGGUGUGUCUGGCGGUGAGCGGAAGAGAGUCACCAUCGCCGAGGCGGCCUUGUCUGGAUCGCCGCUACAGUGCUGGGACAACAGUACUCGCGGCCUGGACAGUGCCAAUGCCAUCGAGUUCUGCAAGACGCUGCGCCUGCAGACGGAGCUCUUCGGAAACACGGCCUGUGUCUCCAUCUACCAGGCCCCACAAAGCGCCUACGACCUCUUCGACAAGGCUGUCGUCCUCUACGAGGGCCGACAGAUCUUCUUCGGCAGAGCCGAUGAGGCGAGACAGUACUUCAUCGAUCUCGGCUUCGAGUGCUCGCCUCGCGCCACGACCCCCGACUUCCUCACGUCCAUGACGAGUUCCCUUGAGCGAACCAUCCGGCCAGGCUUCGAGGGCAAGGCGCCCCGGACGGCCGAUGAGUUUGCCGCGGCCUGGAAGAACAGCGCCCAGUACGCAGCCCUGCAGGCCGAGAUCGAGCAGUACAACCAGGAACACCCCAUCGACGGCCCCGACGCCGUCGCUUUCCGAGAGUCCAAGAAGGCCCAGCAAGCCAGGAGCCAGCGUCUCAAGUCGCCCUUCACCCUGUCUUACGCUCAGCAGGUCCGGCUCUGUCUCUGGCGAGGCUGGAAACGGCUGAUCAACGACCCCUCUCUGACCGUCGGUGCCCUCAUCGGCAACUUCGUCAUGGCCCUGAUCAUUUCCAGCAUCUUCUUCGACCUGCAACCAACGACCGACAGCUUCUUCCAGCGUGGUGCCCUCCUCUUCUUCGCCUGCCUCCUCAACGCCUUCGCCAGCGCCCUGGAGAUUCUGACCCUCUACGCCCAACGCCCCAUCGUCGAAAAACACGACCGCUACGCCCUCUACCAUCCAUCUGCCGAAGCUGUGGCCUCGAUGCUCUGCGACAUGCCGUACAAGAUCCUGAAUACAAUCACCUUCAACACCACUCUGUACUUCAUGUCGAACCUACGCAGGGAAGCGGGCGCUUUCUUCUUCUUCAUGCUGAUCUCCUUCUUCAUCGUCAUGGCCAUGUCCAUGGUCUUCAGGACCAUCGCCAGCGCGUCGCGAACCCUGUCACAAGCCAUGGUCCCCGCCGCCAUCAUCAUUCUGGCCCUCGUCAUCUUCACCGGCUUCGUCAUCCCCAUCGACUACAUGCUUGGCUGGUGUCGUUGGAUGAACUACCUCGACCCGCUGGCCUACGCCUUCGAAUCUCUGAUGGUGAACGAAUUCCACAACCGCAACUUCCUCUGCACUGAAUAUGUUCCAAACCCCCGCGUCCCCGGCUACGCCGAUGUCGGCGACAACAAUCGCGUGUGUUCGACCAUUGGUGCCGUCACGGGUUCGCAGUUUGUCAACGGCGACGACUACAUCAAGUCAGGCUUCCAAUACUUCAGCUCGCACAAGUGGCGCAACCUGGGAAUCAUUAUAGCCUUCAUGCUCGGGUUCCUCGCCUGCUACAUGAUAGCCGCCGAGAGCGUCUCUGCAAAGAAGUCCAAGGGCGAGGUCCUGGUCUUCCGUCGAGGCCACAAGCCGGCGUCUUUCAAGGAGCGCAAGCAUGAUGCCGAGUCCGGCCCUGUCCUGGCCUCCGGUCCCGCCGCCAUCGCCGAGAAGGUCAACGACGGAAACACCUCGGACGGUGUCAUUCAGAAGACGACGAGCACCUUCCACUGGAGCGAUGUGUGCUACGAGGUCAAGAUCAAAAACGAAACGAGGCAGAUUCUGGAUCACGUUGAUGGCUGGGUCAAACCGGGUUCGCUCACUGCCUUGAUGGGUGUUUCUGGCGCUGGCAAAACCACUCUGCUCGACUGCCUCGCAGACCGAACUAGCAUGGGCGUCAUCACCGGCUCGAUGCUUGUUGACGGCCAUCCUCGUGACACCUCGUUCCAGCGCAAGACUGGUUAUGUUCAGCAACAGGAUCUGCAUCUUCAGACGACGACUGUCCGAGAGGCCUUGAACUUCAGUGCCCUCCUUCGCCAACCCUCCCACGUCCCACGGGACGAGAAGCUUGCUUACGUCGACGAGGUUAUCAAACUGCUCAACAUGGAAGAAUACGCAGAUGCCGUCAUUGGGGUUCCCGGCGAGGGUCUCAACGUCGAACAGAGGAAGCGCCUCACAAUUGGCGUGGAGCUGGCGGCUAAGCCUCCUCUCUUGCUCUUCGUCGACGAACCUACUUCGGGCCUCGACAGUCAGACCUCGUGGGCCAUUCUGGAUCUUCUGGAGAAGCUCACCAAGAGCGGCCAGGCCAUUCUCUGCACCAUCCAUCAGCCCUCUGCCAUGCUCUUCCAGCGCUUCGACAGGCUCCUGUUCCUCGCCAAAGGCGGCAAGACGGUCUAUUUCGGUGACAUUGGCGAGAACUCCAAGACCAUGACCUCGUACUUCGAGCGCAGAGGUGGUUUCCCCUGCCCCGAGGACGCGAACCCGGCCGAGUGGAUGCUCGAGGUCAUUGGUGCUGCCCCCGGGACGACUUCCGAGAUUGACUGGCACCAGGCGUGGCGCGAGAGUGCCGAGUACAGGGAGGUCCAUGCCGAGCUCCAACGUCUCGCUGAGAACCCAAAGCAGACCGAGGACGCGACCCACGACGAAGGGAGCUACCGGGAAUUCGCCGCCCCCUUCUUCUCCCAGCUCAUCGAGGUCACGCGUCGUGUCUUCGAGCAGUACUGGCGCACUCCCUCGUACAUCUACUCCAAGAUGGCCCUGUGCGUCCUAGUCGCCCUCUUCAUCGGCUUUGUCUUCUUCAACGCGCCCAACACCAUCCAAGGGAUGCAGAACCAGAUGUUUGCCAUCUUCAACAUCAUGACCGUGUUCGGCCAGCUCGUGCAGCAGACCAUGCCGCACUUCGUCAUCCAGCGCUCCCUGUACGAGGUCCGCGAGCGACCUAGUAAGGUGUACGACUGGAAGGUCUUCAUGCUGUCGCAGAUCAUUGUCGAGAUGCCGUGGAAUGUCCUCAUGGGGACACUCAUGUUCUUCUCCUGGUACUACCCCGUGGGCCUGCAGCACAACGCCGCCGCCGCGGGCCAGACGGCCGAGCGCGGCGGUCUCAUGUUCUUGCUCCUGGUGUCCUUCCUCCUGUUCACCUCGACCUUCACCGACCUGGUCAUCGCAGGCUUCGAGACGGCCGAGGCCGGCGGCAACAUUGCCAACCUGCUCUUUUCGCUCUGCCUCAUCUUCUGCGGCGUCCUCGCCAACCCGGACUCGAUGCCGCGCUUCUGGAUCUUCAUGUACCGCAUCUCGCCGUUCACGUACCUCGUCAGCGCCAUGCUGUCCACCGCCGUGGCCAACACCAACAUCGAGUGCGCCGCCAACGAGCUCCUCAUUUUCCAGCCCCAGGGCAACGACACCUGCUACCAGUACAUGGAACCCUACAUGGCGGCCGUGGGCGGCUACCUGACCAACCCCAACAGCACCACCGACUGCUCCUUCUGCACCAUCGGCGACACAAACACCUUCCUGGCGGGCGCUCGUGCCUACUACAGCGACCGGUGGCGCAACUACGGCAUCAUCUGGGCCUACAUCUUCUUCAACAUUGGCGCCGCACUGUUCGUCUACUGGCUAGUCAGGGUGCCUAAGAAGAAGCUGGGCGGGAAGAAGAAGAAGGAGUAAGAGCCUGACUGCCGAAAGGUCGGUUGGUAGGUUGGUUGGUUGGUUGGUUGGUUGGCGGAAUCGGCGGCGGGGGGUUAGGAAGGAGAAUAAAAAGGGUGAACUAAUAUCAUCCUAAAAAUCUCCGAAAUUGCGUGGCCUCGGAAGUUGGAGGGGUCCCGUCCUCCGGGAAAAAAAGCACUUUCACUUUUCUUAUGUUUUGGGCAUCGUAGGGAUCGACUGACGCUGUCGUCUCCCAUUG